AGUGCCCGAAUUGGGAUUUUAAGAGUCACAGAAAGAGGGAAAAAGGACUACCUUUGAGUCUUUCGUCUGAGAGAGAGAGAGUGGGUAGCUGGGAACUACUACAGGGAGAAAUGACAAGAGGGGUGUGGCGGGGGCAGUGGAAGUGGGCAGGUGCCACGUGCACUUCUCAUUCUCAUUAAAGUCGUUAGAACUCCAGCCUUGUCCAAAACCAAACCUACCCCCUUCUGCUAUUCCUUGGGUCACUAAUGCAUGAUCAAAUUUAAACGUUCAAACCCAACAAUUCCCAGCCGGUGUUUGUUCACAAUUCUGUUUCUUCACUCGCGAUGCUUCAUACCCAGAAGGCAAAUUGAAUAAAUUUGAUCCCAGCUCCUGUUUUACUUUUUUCAGAGCAUGUCUGAAUCUCAAAGGAGUUCCGCAACGGCCAGUGUAGGGCGUGGGGACGGCUACAUAAAUGGGGUGGUUUCUAUUAGGAGUGCUGCUACAAUAUCUGCAGUCGAUGAGUUCUGCUAUGCUCUUGGAGGAAAGAGGCCAAUCCAUAGUAUUUUAAUUGCAAACAAUGGAAUGGCGGCAGUCAAAUUUAUGCGUAGUGUUAGGACAUGGGCUUAUGAAACAUUUGGAACAGAGAAGGCAAUCCUGUUGGUGGCCAUGGCUACUCCAGAGGACAUGAGAAUCAAUGCAGAACAUAUUAGAAUUGCUGAUAAGUUUGUGGAAGUUCCUGGUGGGACAAAUAAUAAUAACUAUGCCAAUGUGCAGCUCAUUGUAGAGUUGGCAGAGAUAACUCAUGUUGAUGCAGUUUGGCCUGGUUGGGGCCAUGCAUCUGAGAUCCCUGAGCUGCCUGAUGCAUUGGAUGCAAAGGGAAUCAUAUUUCUUGGGCCUCCAGCUACAUCUAUGGCAGCACUGGGAGAUAAGAUUGGUUCAUCAUUGAUUGCUCAAGCGGCAGAAGUCCCCACCCUUCCAUGGAGUGGCUCUCAUGUGAAAAUUCCACCAGAAAGUUGUUUGGUCACAAUUCCAGAUGACAUAUACAGGGAAGCAUGUGUUUAUACAACAGAGGAAGCAAUUGCGAGCUGCCAGGUUGUAGGUUACCCUGCAAUGAUUAAGGCAUCUUGGGGUGGUGGUGGUAAAGGCAUAAGAAAGGUUCAUAAUGAUGAUGAAGUUAGGGCAUUAUUCAAGCAAGUUCAAGGUGAAGUUCCAGGCUCUCCCAUAUUCAUAAUGAAGGUUGCUUCACAGAGCCGGCAUUUAGAAGUCCAGUUACUCUGUGAUCAGUAUGGAAAUGUUGCAGCUUUGCAUAGUCGUGAUUGCAGUGUUCAAAGGCGGCAUCAGAAGAUUAUUGAGGAGGGUCCAAUCACUGUAGCUCCUCUAGAGACAGUGAAAAAGCUCGAGCAGGCCGCUAGAAGGUUAGCUAAAUCUGUAAACUAUGUUGGAGCAGCUACUGUGGAGUAUCUCUACAGUAUGGAGUCUGGCGAGUACUAUUUCUUAGAGCUCAACCCCCGGUUGCAGGUGGAGCAUCCUGUCACCGAAUGGAUAGCUGAAAUCAAUCUACCGGCAGCCCAAGUUGCAGUUGGGAUGGGUAUCCCUCUCUGGCAGAUUCCUGAGAUACGGCGAUUUUACGGAAUGGAAUAUGGUGGAGGAUAUGAUGCUUGGAGGAAAACAUCAGCUCUUGCCACCCCAUUCGAUUUUGACAAGGCACAAUCUACAAGGCCAAAAGGUCACUGUGUAGCUGUGCGUGUAACAAGUGAGGACCCAGAUGAUGGUUUUAAGCCUACAAGUGGGAAAGUACAGGAACUGAGUUUUAAAAGCAAGCCAAAUGUGUGGGCAUACUUCUCUGUUAAGUCAGGAGGAGGAAUUCAUGAAUUCUCAGAUUCUCAGUUUGGACAUGUUUUCGCAUUUGGAGAGUCCAGAGCUAUAGCUAUUGCAAAUAUGGUGCUUGGUCUAAAGGAGAUUCAAAUUCGGGGAGAGAUUCGUACCAAUGUUGAUUAUACGAUUGAUCUUUUGCAUGCUUCAGAUUACAGAGAAAAUAAAAUCCACACCGGCUGGUUGGAUAGUAGAAUUGCAAUGAGAGUUAGAGCAGAAAGGCCUCCCUGGUAUCUCUCCGUUGUUGGAGGGGCUCUGUUUAAAGCAUCUGCUAGCAGUGCAGCUGUUAUGAUGACGAAGAAAAAUCAUUGCUUUAGCGCGAUCCUGCUGGGAUGCUUGAUUAUCUUCCUUAAUAGUAUUUCCAAGAUUCAUAGCUUCAAGAUGGAUGUCAGCAUCAAGGAUCCAAGAUAA